AUGGAUCGUGAUCGCGAAGAAGUGACCGAGUUCCUGGGGCAGGUGUCCCUCCUCCAGUGCCUCCCGGGUUCCUCCAUCCGCAGAAUUGCCGAGGCCGUCCAGGUCAGGAACUACGAGCCUGGUGACUAUGUCGCUCGCGAAGGUGAACCUGUUGAUGGCCUUUACAUCAUAUUGGAUGGUCAGGCUGAAGUUUCUGCACCUGCGAAUGCAGAAGAAGCAAACCGUCCAGACUAUGUGUUAAAUAAGUACGAUUACUUUGGUUAUGGAACUAAUAGUUCUGUUCAUCAAGGAACUGUUGUUGCACUAUCAAAGCUGACCUGUUUCAUAUUGCCCAAUAAAUAUGGACAUUUGUUACAACCAAAAACAAUUUGGAAUGCGGAGGAAACACCUGAACAUUCUUUGCUGGAACAAAUUUUGCACUUAGAACCACUAGAGGUCGAUAUUUUCCGUGGGUUUACUUUGCCAGAAGCUCCAACUUUUAGGCGAGUUUUUGGAGGACAAUUCAUUGGACAGGCACUAGCAGCAGCAUCCAAGACUGUUGAUUGUCUAAAAAUGGUGCAUAGUUUGCAUGCGAUUUUUCUUGUUGCUGGAGACAAUGACAUACCAAUAAUAUAUCAAGUUCAUCGGGCACGUGAUGGAUCCAGCUUUGCCACAAGAAAAGUGGAGGCAAAGCAGAAGGGCCUAGUUCUAUUCACCUUGAUUGCUUCUUUCCAGAAGGAAGAAGUGGGUUUUGAGCAUCAGGCUGCAAUCAUGCCUGAUGUUCCUCCUCCAGAACAGGCAAGGAUUUUUCUCUCUUUCCUUUGA